GACGUUGUCAAGCGAUUUCUGACGUGACGUACCGCGGUUCAGUCAGCCCUAGCAACAAACCAGCGUUUCUUCAUGUAAGUUUAGUUAGUGGAGGAAAAUGUUCAAUAAAAAGCCCCGGAGGAACUUCCGGCAGAGAAAAGAUAACUCCAGCGACGAGGAGGACGAGCCGAAGAGCAGAGAAGACGGAAAGGAGCAUGAGAAAGCUCCGGUAAACGCGGUAAAUAAGCCGUUGAAAGUGUCCCAGAGCCGCGGUAUCACCUGCAGCUCCAAGCGGGAAGAGACGCCUCCUGAGCCGGCCAGCAGCGACCGAGAGGACGGGGAGACGCUGGAGGUGACAGAGGACAGAGAAGAUAAAGACAAAUAUGGGUUUAAGGAGAAAACAAACUCCAUCCUCAGUUUCUCUGAAGACAAAGAAGUUGAGGAACCAACAUUUAAGCUGAAGAAGUCCUCUGAUAAAGCUGUGCUGUUCCAAGUAAGAAGGAAGGAGGCUUCACCUGCCAAGACCAGCCAAAGCACAGCCCCAGCACGUUUCCCUCCAUCUGCUUCUCCCAGGCAAGAUGAUGACAGUCAGGCUUCACCACGUGCUCUGCACCAUAAUGAUGAUGACGAUAGCGAUGAUGAUGACAAUGACAGUGAUGAAGGUGAUGCCAGGUCUCCCACAGCUAGCUCAGCCUCAGACUCCAGCUGCCCUGCUACUAAACCAGUAGUCAUCCCUAAUGCUGAAGCGAUCAAGGCAGCCAAGUGGCAGCGUCGUCACGGCACUCGAGCCCCAAAAGAAUACAUUUCUCUGGGUAGAGACGGCCACAGCUCCGCUGGUAGCACCCCGGAUCACUACAGCAGGGAAGAUGAAGAGGACAGAGUUGAUGAUGAUGAUGAUGAUGAGCCAGAUGAUCAUGAGAGAAGAAUCGAGUUCGCCCCAAGAUUGAAGAGCAUUAGGGAGAGGAUUGCUGAGAAACUUGGAGAAAGUGAUGCCAGUUUCUCAGGAGCUGAUGAAGACGAGCAGGAACUUUGGGAGGAGACACAAAUUGAGAAGGGAGUCAAGAGACGGCCAGGAGGACAGAGCCCAUCUGGCAGUGAAUCCAGCAGCUACAGCUACAGCAGCAGUAGCAGCAGGCGAGACAGACGAAAACAAAAGAAGAGAUCAAAGGGGGUCAAAAUCCCAACUCUUCCUUCCAUCAGUAUCUCAAUGGUCAAGAAAAGGAUCACUGCAAAACUAGACUCCCUGAAGGAGGUGCACAGUGCACGGCAGGCAGAGCUGAGGAGGAUGGAGUUUGACGUUGAGAGCGCUAAAACCUCCAUGGAGACUCUGGAGGAAAGUUCCUCAGAGCGACAACUGAAGUUUUACAGAGCCAUGACCCUCUAUAUCCACAACCUGGUGGAGUGUCUACGGGAGAAGGUUAUUGAGAUCAACUCACUGGAGCUUGACUUACACGCUCUGCUGUCCGACCACAUGGAUGCACUGUUAGCACAGAGACGACAGAGCAUCAAGGAGCAGGCUGACCGCCUACAGCAGCUCAGCUAUAGCACAGAUGAGCAGAGUGGAAACUCAACCAAUGGACCAGAAACUCAAGGCGAGGCCGACUCUGGUGUUAAAGCUGAAGAAGAUUUUGAUAUUCCUGAAGACACACAGCCCUCAGCAGAAGAGGAGGAGCAGCUGCAGAAGAAGACGGCUGAUAUCCUGUUGAGCUCCCAGGCCGUGUUUUCCGACGUUCAGGCCGAGUUCUCCGACGUCAAGAAGAUUCUGUCCCGGUUUGAAGAGUGGAGAGGCUCUUACUCUGACUCUUACCACAGUGCCUACAUCUCUCUGUGUCUGCCCAAGUUGUUGAACCCCAUCAUAAGACAUCAGCUACUGGCGUGGGACCCCCUAAAGGAAGAUAGUGGGGACUUUGAAAACCUCCCGUGGUUCACAGCCGUGGAGACCUUUUGUCAUGGGCAUGGCCAUGAGGAGCUGGAGCACAGAGACAGACAGACACUGUCUAAUGUCAUAGAAAAGACUGUCCUACCAAAAAUAACAGCCUACGUGGAGCUGGUGUGGGAUCCCAUGUCCCGCCAUCAGUCAGUCUGUCUCUCUGAUGUUUGUCACAGACUGAAGGAGGACUAUUCCAUCUUUGAAGGAGAGCAGAGUAAACCGGUCAAGGCAUUGAAAGAGGCUUUGAUCGGCCGACUGAGGAGCUGCGUAGAUGAAGAUGUCUUCAUCCCUCUGUACCCCAAAAAGCUCCUAGAAGACAGGUUGUCUCCUCAGUGUCGCUUCAGGGAUCAACAGUUCUGGAUGGCAAUAAAACUACUAGGUAACAUGGGAAAAUGGGAUUUGCUGCUUCCUGAGUCUGAAUUGAAGGAACUGAUGUUGGACAAACUGCUAAACCGAUACCUGAUGAUCACCGCAUGCAGUCAGACACUCGACCACAAUGCUGUCCAUGCAUGCAGAAAGAUAGCAGAUAGUCUGCCGCUCUCUUGGUUCAAAGGAGAGGAUACCUGUUUGCCUCAGCUCCAGAAUUUCAGGAACCAUCUAGUUCAGAAAGUUCACACCUUCUGCAAACAGCAGCCUCCUGAAGAUCCAAACACCAGGUCUUCUGUGGUUGAAGUGCUGCAGAUUUUGAGUAGAAUCCGGUGCAAUGACUCCAUCAUGGCGAUAGCAGAGAAAUACCACUAUGAAGAUGCCAUCUACUCUCACCAGCUGCUGAACCAAGAGAUCGAAUGAAAAACAGACGCUGUGGGAUGGAUGGUGAAUCAAAUGGCAAACAUAGUAGUACACUGUUAUUUUGAAAGCAAUUGUCAAAGACUGUACUAGUGUGAACUAGAUCACACAUGGGAAAAGCCAUUAUGUCUUAUGGUGGAUAGCCACUGCUAAUCAGACCAGCUCUUUGGCCAAAAUACAGAAUGAAAACAAUGGAUACAGUACUGUAUAUAAUAGUGUGUGUGUGGAGCCAACAAAUGGUACAAAUUUCUUGUUUAACAAAGGAAACUGCCAAGAAAAAUUGCGUCGGGAAAAUAAUUCACCUUCCUGCCAUUUUUUAGUCAUGAACAAUUUCCUGUCUGUUUUGUACAAAUCACUGUAUUUUUAUGAAUAAAUAUUUGAAUUUUGUUAAAAUA